AUGCAUACUAAUGAAAAACCCUUUGCUUGCAUUUUUUGUGGGAAAGCAUUUUCUCAGGGUUCAAAUUUAAAAACACACUUGAGGCUACAUACUGGGGAAAAACCAUAUUCUUGCGAACAGUGCCAAAAAAAAUUCACACACAAAAAUAGUUUGAAAAAUCAUUUAAGAAUGCAUACUAAUGAAAAACCAUUUUCUUGUGAAAAGUGCCAAAAAAAAUUCAUACAAAAAGGUAGUUUGAAAGCUCAUUUAAGAAUACAUACUAAUGAAAAGCCCUUCUCUUGUCCCCUUUGUUCGAAAGCAUUUUCUCAGGGUCCAAAUUUAAAAGCACACUUGAGGUCACACUUGAGGGUACAUACAGGGGAAAAGCCAUAUUUUUGUGAACAUUGCAAAAAAAACUUUGCCCACAAAUCAAAUUUAAAAUCGCAUUUAAGAAUUCAUACUAAUGAAAAGCCAUUCUCUUGUGAACAAUGCGAAAAAAAAUUCUACCACAAAACUAGUUUGAAAAAUCAUUUAAGAAUUCAUACUAAUGAAAAGCCAUUCUCUUGUGAACAAUGCGAAAAAAAAUUCUACCACAAAACUAGUUUGAAAAAUCAUUUAAGAAUUCAUACUAAUGAAAAGCCAUUCUCUUGUACUUUUUGUGGGAAAGCAUUUUAUCGGAGUUCAGAUUUAAAAACACAUUUGAGGGUUUGGAGAAAUGGGAGUAUUUGCUUGAAUUUCUAUCUUUCCAAUCGAAGUCGAAACUUGCGAAGUGAAACAGGAUGA